ACGAUUAUUCCAUAACCAGCAUUGCUUGAAAGCUAGCCAAAACAAAAAUGGCAAGCGAACCUCAAAAUUCAGAUCUUACAUUCCCACCAGCAGAUGUUGUGGGAGAACUUCAUCCUGAGAUAAACACAAAUGUUCAGGUUGAUCCUUCAUCUUCUGAGAUGGCAGCCUACAAGGAAAAGAAGACACAAAAGGAGGCCAAACAAGAGAAACAUGACAGAGAAAAGAAGGAUGCACUACGAACAGUAAAAUCAGCAAUUAUAAUUUCUGGUAUAAUUGUGGCUUUGGCAGGAGCUGCAUUUGCUAUAGCCAAGAAAUUAAGGGAGAAAUGACCCCAACCUUCUCAAGAGAUAUAGAAGAUUUAAAGAGAUUUAUCAGUUUUAGGGUUAUUUUAGGUCUUCCCAUUUCUUCAUAUGAAUUAGUUCCGAUCAUUUUUCUGAUUUUUGGGUUCAAAUAAGUCCUACACCCUAUAUAAUAUUAUUCAUAACAUGA